UGGGCCACCUACCUGGUUCAGUCCCUUAGUCGCUUUGAUGCGCAGAUCAGGCAAAAAGUGUCAAUCAUCACCAAAGAUGCAGAACCAGUGGAUGACGAUGACCAAUCCAGUGAAGACCUGCGUGAGGGGCGUAGACGGGUCCCGAGGCGAGAAUCCAAGUUAGAUGAACAAGCAGGACCAUCAUCUCCAAGUGCAGCAUUGCCUGCUCAAAAUCCAGUGCCCAAAAAGGUGGGCGGAGAAGGAGGACGCAGACGUUCCUCUGCUGGAACUCGAGGUAAAGAGUCUGAUGGAAAAAAUGAGCCCUCAUCCCCAAGUCCCACACCUUCUCCUACCCAGCCACCCAUAGUGCAGGGAGGGCCGGUGGUGGUUUUCCACAGUGAGAAGAUGAAGGGUAUGAAGGGUCUGCUCUCUGCGGCCAAGAUCAACUCUAGUGCCAUUAAACUGCAGCUCACGGCCCAGUCCCAAGUGCAGAUGAAGAGACAGAAACCCACACCUUCUGGAGAUUACACCUUGUCCUUCAUGAAACGCCCUCGCAAAACUCUUUAAAAUGACCCAUUUAUAGUGUUUGUUUUUUCUUUUACAUGUUCACCUGGAGUGAAGUUCGUUCGUUUACUUGCAAAUUGACUCUUAUCAAAUAUUUUGAUAAGCUGAUGCUGAGUUUAAUUAAAACUAUUACAAGUUGGAGUCAGAAAACCUAUCAUGCACCAGCAAUUAUGCUUUUUUAUUUUAGAGUGUAAAGUAAUUUUAUUGAUUUGCCUUAAUUUU